CGACUGACUGCUGGCGAAAAGUGAUUAACAAAUAAACAUUCCGUCUGCCAGCCAUAUUCAUUUCGGGCGUAGCCUGUUUGUCGGGGCAAUCAAGAGCAAGUGUUUGAUGAAGUGUUUUGUGAAAAAAAUGUUAUAAUUUAGAGUGAAUUUUUAAUAAAAUACACACCAUUUAGUAGUUUUUAGUGGGAAUAAACUUUGUGGCGUCUAAAAUGUCGAUUUUGUGGCGCUGUGGUGCGCUGCUGGCGGUUCUAAUCCUAGUGGGUGUGUUUGCUCAGUACGAGUGGCAGCCGCGAGAUGCUUUCGACGAAGUUAAAGUGAAGUUCGACCGUGCCACGGCCGAUAAUUGUCCUAUUCUGCAUGUAGCGGAUUUGUUCCUGCCAGACGACACGGUGUCCCAUUUGCCGGAUAUCAAGGAAUUUGAUCAGAAUCCGAUUUUCCCGAAUCGAACGGCACUGCUGCUGCUGCACAACAUGGCGCUGACCCGUGGCUUCUUUUGGAGCUACGUUCUGCAGAGUAGAUUCAUUCGGCCGGCCAUUAACGAUACCUACGAUCCGGGCAUGAUGUAUUACUUUCUGUCUACCGUUGCGGACGUGGCUGCCAAUCCUUCCAUCAACGCAUCGGCCGUUUACUUCUCGCCUAACACAUCAUUCUCUUCGUCCUAUCGUGGUUUCUUCAACAAAACAUUUCCACGCUUUGCUCCGCGAGCCUACCGAUUGGACGAUUUCAACGAUCCGAUCCAUCUGCACAAGAUUUCCACGAUGAACACAUUCGACGUACGCGACCUCGGUGCCUACUCGCCGGACUCGAUAUCGCAUGACUACACCACGGAUUACUACAAGGUUAACGAGUGGUACAAGGCCUGGCUGCCGGACAUCGUCGAAAGACGGCACGACACGAAAACAACCUACCAAGUCGAAAUUCGGUACGCAAACAACACGAACGAAACGUUCACCUUCCACGGGCCGCCCGGAGCGGACGAAGAUCCGGGUCCAGUGAAAUUUACCCGGCCCUACUUCGACUGCGGUCGGUCCAAUAAGUGGCUGGUGGCGGCGGUGGUACCGAUCGCCGAUAUCUACCCACGGCACACCCAGUUCCGGCACAUCGAGUAUCCCAAAUACACCGCCGUAUCCGUGGUUGAGAUGGACUUUGAACGUAUCGACAUCAACCAGUGCCCGAAGGGCGAAGGUAACAAGGGCAAGAACAAGUUUGCCGACACGGCCCGAUGCAAGAAGGAAACGACCGAAUGCGAACCACUCGAUGGCUGGGGAUUCCGCCGAGGAGGCUACCAGUGCCGUUGUCGGCCCGGGUACCGACUACCGUCGAUCGUCCGAAGGCCCUACCUAGGGGAGAUACUGGAGCGGGCUUCCGAUGAACAGUACUACAACGGGUUCGACUGUAAAAAGGUCGGCUGGUUGCAGAAGAUUCCUAUCGAGUGGUACCGUUUGCCGGAGUAUACACGCGAGAAAUAUCUUAGUCAUUACUAUGAGUACAAAAACUUCAGCAAAGGUCCAACCUCGGUGCACUCGGAUAAAGUGAACGUCAACGAAGUGUUGAACUUCAUUUUCGGCGUUACUGAGAAUACCUGCAAGAACUUCCACCCGCAGGAUCUGGUGCUCAAUGGUGAUCUCAGCUUCGGAGCAGAGAAACACUUUGCCAACGAAGCCAAAAUGGCACUGCGUUUGGCGAAUUUCAUAAGUGCCUUCCUGCAAGUGUCCGACCCGCUGGAAGUGUACUCCGGAAAGCGCGUGGCAGAUAAGCCAUUGACCGAAGAUCAAAUGAUGGGAGAAACUUUGGCUCUUGUAAUGGGAAAUUCGAAAAUUUGGUCUGCUGCUACUUACUGGGAUCGUAGCAAAUUCCCGAAUCGUACUCUGUUUGCCCCGUACGCCUACAAAACGCAGAAGAACACGCGAAAAUUCAAACUAGAAGAUGUGGCUCGAUUGAACAAAACUGGCGAAGACUAUACAGAACUACCAUAUUUCAAGCUAAUGAAGCAACGCUGGGCUGCAAACUUUGAUUCAUUGGAGAAAAAUUGGAUGAAAAUGCGCAUCCGGCAUAACGAAUCGGGCGAGUACGCCCAGAAGUACGAACGCUAUCCGAACUUUUACCAUGCUGCUACUUUCGACCACGGUUUCUGGUCGGCACCGCAGUUCCACUGCAAAGGCUACGUAAAAAAAUGGCUCAUCACAUACGCAGCGCCCUUCUUCGGCUGGGACAGCUUAAAGGUGAAACUGGAGUUCAAGGGAAUCGUUGCAGUUUCGAUGAAUAUGCUACAGCUGGAUAUCAACCAGUGUCCGGAUGACUAUUAUGUACCGAAUGCAUUCAAGAAUACCCACAAAUGCGACGAGAAGAGCUCAUACUGCGUACCCAUACAGGGUCGUGAGUACGAGCUUGGCGGCUAUAAGUGCGAGUGUCUGCAAGGCUUCGAAUAUCCAUACGAGGAUCCGAUCACCUACUUCGACGGUCAACUGGUAGAGGCCGAGUUUCUCAACAUUGUUAACGACGACAGGAGUCGCUACGAUACGUUCAAAUGCCGACUGGCCGGGGCCGCCGGACUGCGAAUGGAUGUUACCAUACUUGGGGCAAUUGUGCUGCUUGGCUGGAUGUUCCUCCGAAGGUGGAAUCGGUAAGAGUAGAGAGUAGAGAGCAAUACGCGAGUUUUUUUUCGUACUGCCCAGGGAGGGGCAACGCUGAAACAAUCAUGUGCAUUCCGUCAGUCCGUUUUGGUUUAUUUUAAUUGCUAGAAUAAGAUUUUUAAAAAACUAAGCAUCAGUGCCUUGAUCUGGAGUUUACUCGAAUUCUUACCUGGUCAACACGUUACCGGGUAAUCUAUAUCAUAACGAAGAUACAAAAUAGAAGUAUUGAACCUAAUAAAGGUACUGUUGGAACACAUUCCGUCCUCGAUUAGAAAUGAGUUAGUCGGUUCAAAAUGCUGUAUCGAAGUAAAUAGUAGGAGACGACGAAAAAAGUAAUCAAGAAUCUCCAAGCCAUUAGGUUAGUGCAAGAAAAUUUUAUACAAGAUCAACAGACCCGUCCAUUUGUGCAGUUCUAAUGCCGUAGAAAGUUUUGUUUUUAAUAAAAAAAAUAAGUUUAAGUGUUCAAGUCAACUCACAGAUUCUAUAACUUAAUGUUAUUUCAAAAAGGAAGCUCUUCUAGGAACGUUAUUUUUGUACAAUUGUAGAGAAAUUACACAUGCAA